AUGGGAUUAUGUUGCUGUAACCACCGUUGGAUGAAGUUGAUAGGACUGGCAUUGGGCUGUCUUGGUGAGUUCGUCACAGGAUCCUUGUACGUAUUCAAUGUGUACCUUGGAGCUAUCAAGAGGACGUUCAACUACACACAACGUGAAGUGGAACUUCAAUCGUCGCUUCUCUAUGUGGGUCAGGGAUGUGGUUUCCUUCCAGGGAUGUUCUUCGACAGGUUCGGACCUGCUUGGUCGUCCGCCGUCGGUCUCGCCUUGGGUGUUGGUUCAUAUCUGUUUUUGUGGAGCACAUCCAAGGCUGUCCUCUUCUACAGCCUUCGUAGCUGGCUGAUGGGCAUCUACUUCUUUUUGGCAGGAUUGGGCUCUUCAUUUACCUACAUGGUGGCACUCAACACAAAUCUUGUGAACUUCAACCAUCAGCAAAGAGGCAAGGUCAUGGGGACGCUGAACCUCUUUUUUGCAGGAAGUCCAUUCGUGUAUUCCUUAAUUUAUUACCAUGCAUUCAACGGGCAUGAUCCAGAGAAUUUGGAGAGUUUCCCUCACAUGAUGCUACUCCUUGCAAUAUCGUUUGCUGUCGUGAACAUCAUGUGUAUUUUGUUCUUAAGAAUGCUUCCCGAGGACAAGGAAAGCGUUAAAUCAGCGGUCUCGUACGAGGACAUAAACGGAAUUCUAAACGAUCUGAACCCUAUACCAGAAAAAGACCAGGCCAUGUCACUAACACAGCUGGCUGGAAACUGCAAUUUCCAUGCAUUGCUAUGGGUGUUUAUAUUAACAGCUUCAGUCGGAGUGUUCGUCACCAAUAACCUAACAGAGAUUGCCACAAGUGUAAUGCUUGACGAGCACAACCCUACUCUUGUGCUUCUGAUCCCAGUCUCCGUCAUGGUAGUCAGCAUUAUGAUAGGGGUAUUCUCGGAUAGGUAUAUUGAAACGUUUCCAAGGUCAAGUGUGCUCCUAAUAGGUAUCGGCUCGUUCGUUAUUUCGCAGAUGUUGUUCCUAUUAUUGGUCGACGUCUUCUCCAUCUUGAUCAUAGCUACUAUUUUGGUUGGAGUUGGUAACGCUAUCAUGUGGUCCCUCGGGCCAGCCUUGAUGACGGACAUAUUGUACAUCGGUAAUCUCGGCAGGAACUGGGGUAUCAUACUCCUUGUAAAUUCGCUUGUCUGUUUUGCUCUACAAGAGACGUUUGGUAUCCUAUAUGAGAGCGCCAUCACUAUGCCUAAUGAACUUUUCUGUUACGGCUUACAUUGCCUGCGUGGUGCGUUCGGUAUCGGACUCGCCUCUACUAUUCUGUCGGUCGUCCCAGCAUUAGUACUUGUGAUUAGAACGAACAGUUCGUUACCAAAACCCAAACCAGAAAUGAACGGAACAAUCGCUAUUCUCGAAUAG